AUGGACCCUAUCGCUGAGGGCUGGAAGAAGCUACGACUGCUGUUCAUAGAAGAGCAAGAGCAGCAAGCAAUGGACAAUGUCCAGAGCAUCCUAACACAGCCCAGCGACAUGCAUCAACUUCUCGAGCGCGCCAUGAUUGAUGCAAACGAAGAGCAGACAAUGACGUCUCUCGAUUCUAUUAGAUCGUCUCUUGGUAUGAAUCGGGACAUCGACGAUAUUGAGACUGAGAUUGGGGUUGCGAUCGAGGAGUACAAUGUUCACUUCUGCCGGGCGAUCGCCGUCAAGCUCCUUGCCAAGCUGCCGCGCGAGCUUCGCGACAUGGUGUAUUCACACCUCCUUCCUGGUGAUAUCAACCUUUGCAGAAUCUUUUCCGACACAUUUCACGUUACGCUAGACCAUCCCCUAUACGACGAGGGGCCUGGCGAAGAGGAUACUGAGAGGUUGUAUUUCCCGGAGUGCGCGCGCUCCGCAGCUGGAGACACUCUUUGUCCUGAGUAUUUUUGGCGCGACGAUGUCGUUGGUGUGCAAAUGGCGCAUGAGCUCAUGGAAACGUUUUACCAGACGACAAAGUUCUCGUUCGAAAAUGUAUAUGGUUGCAAACCAAUAGACGGCACCUUCCUUCCAGAUCUGUUGCAGACCGACCGGUUUGCCGCUGGUUUUGAGCCGCGCCAGUUGAUCUCAAACUACUCACAAGAACUCUGCAUCCAGAACGAGGCGCUCGGACUACACCAGAUCGACACGCUAACACUAAACACGUGCCUUGAAAACCUCUGGCUGCUGAAGGGGAAUGCCAGAAUCCUUCUCAAGGUUAGUUUUAAUAACGCCACGUUCUCACAUCAAAAGUCACAAGCGACUACUGUUGAUGAGAUUAUCAAAACUGCUUUUCCUGAGAUAGUGAGGCUUCGGACAGCAGGAUAUCGACUUUCGGUCGAGCUGGAGGACGGAGGAUGCCACCAGGAAACAAAGGCUGUGUUCUCACACUGGAUGAACAAACUCGAGCUAGAAGUGCGCACAACACCGACCAACCCAGCAGGUUCCGUUGAAUAA